AUGUUUCGUCAGUCCCUCAGAAGAUGCGCUCGCUUGAGCAGCGCAAGCUUCGCGACCUCAACCCUCCGCACCACGCGACCUGUCGUUCUCAAGUCCAUCGCGCAACCCUCUCAGACUGCGCUGCGCACGCCUGUUAGCAUCAAUGCAUUCAGAUUAUACUCCACUGAGGCCGCAGCUGUUGCUUCCGAGCAGACUGCUGAAGAGCCUAAGCAAGAUUCCGGCGCGCUGUCGCGGUUUGAAGACCUUCGCACUCUCGGUGUCCACAACAACCUGGUCGACAGCAUUACCAAGGGCUUGAAGUACGACACCAUGACCGAUGUUCAAUCCAAAACAAUUGAGCCGGCGUUGAAGGGAAUGGAUAUGGUCGCCCAGGCCAAGACAGGUACCGGAAAAACGCUUGCGUUCCUCGUCCCCGUUCUGCAGAGGAUGAUUGCUGCCGAUCCUUCGCUUGCCACUCGUAGGGCACGCUUUGCUGCCAACGCCGCCGACAUCCGUGGAAUCGUCAUCUCGCCUACCCGUGAGCUUGCCGAGCAGAUCGCCGUCGAGGCUGAGAAGCUGUGUUCCGGCACGGGUUUGGUUGUUCAGCGCGCUGUCGGUGGAACCAGAAAGAGAGAGAUGUUGGAGAAGACCCGGAGACAGGGUUGCCACUUGCUGGUCGGAACGCCCGGCAGACUGAACGACCUUCUGUCCGACCCUAGCAGCGGCAUUAAGGCCCCGAACCUUGCAGCUAUCGUCCUCGACGAGGCCGACCGUAUGCUUGACGUUGGUUUCGAGCGGGAGCUGAACGAGAUUGUGUCCCGUCUGCCUGAUGCUCAAAAGUCGCAGCGCCAGACACUGCUUUUCUCUGCCACCAUCCCCCAGAACGUCAUCUCCCUGGCCCGCGAGUGGGUGCGCCCCGACAACUUCGACUUCAUCCAGACCGUUUCCUCCGACGACGUGCUCACCCACGAGAAGGUUAAGCAGCACAUCGUCAACUGUAGAGGCUGGGGCAACGUUCUUCCUGCUCUGUACGAGAUCAUUCAGACCGAGGUCGAGAAGCGCGCCAACAACAGGGAUCUUCUGCCGUUCAAGGCCCUGGUUUUCCUCCCCACUACCGGCUUCGUCGACCUUGCAGGCGACGUCGACCGCGACUUGAAGAGCCUGAGAUCUCAAUACGGGCGUAUCUUUGGCUGGCGCAUCCACUCUAAACUGACGCAAUCUCAACGCACAAGGGCUGCAGAAGAGUUCCGCAAGUCCCAGUCCGGUAUCCUCUUCUCCUCUGACGUCACUGCAAGAGGUUUGGAUUUCCCCAACGUUACCCACGUCAUUCAGGUUGGCGCCCCUAGCGACCGCGAGCAGUAUAUUCACAGACUCGGCCGAACCGGUCGUGCGAAGAAGGACGGCGAAGGCUGGCUCAUUAUCCCCGAGUGCGAGAUCCGAAAGGCCCGCAACGAGUUGGGCGGUCUUCCCAUCGAGCCCAACACGACUCUCGAGUCUGCCCAGAUCGACUUCAGCCGCGACGAGCCCAACGAGAUCACCAAGCAAGUGACCGAGGCGACAGCUAGGGUGCGGGAAGACGUCCUUGAGACUGCAUACUUGUCUCUCUGGGGACAGUUCGACGUCAAGUCUGCGCAUGAGAGGGCAAGAGAGUUGAAGGAGUGGUUUGUGGAUGGUUUGAAGAGGGACAACACUCCGUACAUGAACCCGGGCAGCGUCAUGAAGCGCGGCCUGAGGGGAAUUCGUGAUAUCAACACUGGAGACAGAGAGGAAAGAUCAUCCAGAUUCUCAAGAGAUGAGGGGCGCAGCUUCGGCCGGGAUCGUGGCUUCGACCGUGGCUUCGACCGUCGCGAGCCCCGUGACGGGUUCGACAGGAUGCGCCAGCAGUCCCGUUUCGACCGCAACGAUCGUAACGAUCGUCAUCGACGCUUCGAGAGACGUGAAAGGGCGUCCUUCUAG